AUGAAGGUCGCAAUGUUGGAUCUAGGGUCCUUCUUUGCCAAAAUCUUCAAAGCAUCUGUGCAGCCACCGGCGGUCGCCUCUCCUGUAGCCCCCGCUUCCUCCGGCAGCGCUUCCGCAGUGGCUGCGACUGGUCCGGCGGGCUCUAGCGUGGGCAGCGCCGGCAGCACCGCCAGAACCGGCCCAGGUGCUGCUCAGACUGUCACCCUCUUCCCCACGGUGGCUCCCAAAUCCCCAGCCGCCCCUAGGGUACCCUCCGUGCCCCUCCCUUCCCCGGCGACCCUCCACCCUCUCCUUACCGCCUCCUAUCCCAGGGUUUCCUCCGUAAGAAAAGUAGCAGAAUUCGCAGGAGCCCCAUUCUCCUUGCCCAGUAGCCCCAGGGCAGCCAGACUUCAACCCCUUCCCCAGCCCCUGCCCCUGCCUCAUCCCCUGACCCAAUCUCAGCCCCUGUUAUCAUCCCAAUUCCAGUUUUCCUCCCAGUCUCACUCCCAACCUCAACUUCAACCCCUCUCACAGCCUCCUUCCCAUCUUCCUCAUCUUCAGCUCUUGUCCUAUGCGCAGCCCCAAGCGCAGCCCCUUCCCCAGCUGCCUUCUCAGCCUCAUGUUCAGGCGCUGCCCCAGCCCCAGCCGCAGCUCGGGUUUCAGCCCCUCUCCCAACCUCCUCCUCAUCUUCUAUACCAAUCCCUUCCUCUUCCCCUUCCCCAGCCUCAGCUCCAGCCCCUGUCUCAACCCCAACCUCAGUUUCUCCCCCAACUCCAACCCCAGCCCCUGCCUCUCCCUCUCCUCCAUUCCCCUGUCCAGCCCCUGGCCCAGAGAGGCAGCGGUGGUUGCGGCAGCUGCAGCAACAGCAGUGGGGCCAAUUCCCCUGCUCUUCCUCUUCCUGUGGCCCUGUGGCGGCCGCCCCCAGGCCCUGGAGGGGUCGGAGUGGUCCUGCAACCCAUUACGGGCACCGGAGGUAGCAACAGCAGCUCAGCGGCGAGCCCGGCUCGCUCUCCGCGCCAGCCUGGCCCAGGAGAACGAGAGCCUGGUGCUUGGAUAGUGACAGGGCCAGGCCCCAAGACUCUCUGCAUCACCCUCCCGGACAUCGGCGAGGAGUGGGGGACUGAUACUGAGUCGGAGGAGGAUGGGAGCAGUGAAAAAAAAGGACUGACUGAAGGGCCCGGAGAGCAACGUCUUACUGUGAAGAGCCGGGACCCUCUUCCUAAGCAUUUCACCAAAAAUGUGCAGGAAGCCAUUCAGAAUUAUAGCUGCGAAUCUAUUUCAUCUCUCUUGUCGAGUGGGAACACCACCCCUACAGAAUUGAAUAAUUCUUGGUCUGGAAUACAAAGCGUUACUACUGAAAGAAGUGCGUCUACUGAACGAAGCUCAAUCUCCUCUUGGACAGAUGACGAGUUCGAUAAAGCCACAACAAAAAAAGUUCAGCAGUUAUUCCGAGAGGUGGAUGAAAUGCUCUUUGAAGGGAAGAUCAGUCCUCACUGCCAGAAUCUGCAGGCCGAAUGUGAAGAGUGGACUAGGAGGUCGCUUCAUCUCAGGGUUCUAGGAAAACAACUCAUGCUUCCAACAGAUGAAGGUUUUCAACAUUUUCCAAGCAAUAUUGCUAGUUCUGUCCACAUCAAAUCCUCAGUUGAUCUCUGUGAAAGGAAUAACAGUCUUAAAGAGCUGUGCAUCUCAGGCUCUAAGCUUGUCCCAGAAGAUUACACGAGGAUUUCUUCUGUUGUUUCUGAUGUAGCUGCUUCGUUCCUUGAAGAAGAGAUCUAUGAUGUGGAUGGAGAAAUUGAAGAGUAUUUUGCUUUUGACAAAAAAGAACUUGAUGAUGAAAGUCUGGAACCCAAGAAGGCUGUAGCUGGUCGACAAAGCAAUAAACAUGGCAUCCCUCCCAUUUCCCCUGAGGACUGCAUUAAAGAUGCGGCAGCUGCUGAAGUGUUUGACCAUGCUUGGAGAAAUGUGGUUGAAAUGUUGGAAGAGCUGGUUAGAAAAACGUGGGAAAUUGCCCCUCCAGGAGGAAGUAAACAGAGAGAAAACUUGAAGACAGCUGGAAAUAAAUUGGCAAAACUACCAAGUUCCCGUAUUCCACCCAAUCCAUCGAGUGUUCCCCCUUCCAGAGGUUCUGAGACCCACAGCAUGUCAUUGGGUUCUCAUCUGGGUACAUCUCAGAACCAUCGCUCCUCCAGUAGUUUUUACAGUGAUUUAAAUGGUGUGAUGACAAUUCAAGCAAAACCCCUUCAACAGAGACAUAUGCAUUUUGCAGACAGAACACCGCAUGAUCAAGAUGAUGGAUUGCUGGUUGUAAGGUCCAGUGUUCUCUCCUCAACACGGUAUCGGUUGGGGCAAGUCUCAGAUCACAGUGUUCUCUCCUCGUCUCGGGUGCUACCUGUGUCUGCAAGGAAGACACCUGCCCACAGGAGGCUGCCAUCUCUCUCUUCAGAUCCACAUCAAUCGAAAACUUCCAAUGUACGCAGUGAUAAAGUUCUCAGGGGCACCAAGCUGCAAAUUGGCUCAGACUGCUUGACUUCUCCAUCCAUUCAAGUGCCUCGAAACAGAUUACCACCCAUAAGGUCAGAGGCUGGUGAACAGAACAUUGCUUCUCCUGGAUCCCGCCAAGCCUUUCACAGAGGAAGAUAUUCUCAAAACCAAGUGUUAAGUGCUGUGCCUGGCAAUAUUGAAAGACCACCUCUUCGGGAAAGGACUGUUAUCUCCGAGCAAUUUUCAAGGCCUAAUACCACUCACACCUUCAGGUCUGAUACUCCUCACAAAAGGUCAUUGACACCAAUGGAAUUUGUAAACCACACGUGGACAGGUCAGGGUUUCUUAACAGGUUCACAGCAUCUACCUAAAUCUUAUCAAAGAAAUACCUCAUCUUCAAGAAGGAGAUUUCCAGUGGCUUCCUGAUACGACUUGGCUGGUCAGUCACUAUAUUCAGUGAAAUCUGUCAAGUGUCAACUUACUCUUUAUUACUUGAGAAGUAACAGCAAGUAUUAUGUUAUCUUGAUGUGUCCUUUUGUCUCCUGGUCCUAGAGGCAGGACCCUUGGAGAAAACCAGUCAUAAUAAACAUGUCCAUUUUUAACUGGAA